GAUUAAUCAUCUCCAACUUGCUCUCCUCUCGUGGGUCCCACGCACUUGUCAAAUCACCAACCUCUUGUAUUAUUCCCGCACGUCUCAAUCACGCGCUUUAAUCUGAGCGUGGGCCAUAUCCGCUGAGCUUGAAGAUUGUAUAGAAUCCAAAAUGAACAAGAACGCACUAGUCACCGUUCAAUUUGUUUGCCCCGCCGAGUCAAAUCACUCAAACCCAACUCGCCCCUUCUGCGAUUUAUAGACACACAUGCCCCUUGUUCAACUCUUUCUGGGCUUGAUGGAGCGAUUCUUGUGGAAAGUUUGCAACUUUAUGUGAUUUAGGUACCAAGUAUCGUCAAACGGUGUACAGCUGACUUUCGGCUAAUAUAUAUAUUAAGUAAACCUUUUAACCGAGCAACAAUGGAAGCACGACCUGGUUUAGCCUUCCAGAGAUCUGGUGCACGUAGCCUUAAUAAUCAUGGAGCAUCGGGAGCUCUACCUUCAUCUUUUCCUGUUCUUUCAAGUCCCAGGUUGACAGAUUACCAAGAGGUUUCCAUGGAAAGAGUAGUUGUAUCAAAUCCCGCAAAUGUUCGGCCUGUGUUGUCUUCCAGCAGUGGGGCUGUUGGUCACAUUUUUUCUUCAUCUGCUGGAUUCUCUACUGAUCUUCAGUACUCUACAUCUGCACCUCAUGAAAAACAUUCAAGGAAAGCUCCUUUCAUAUCUCAGUCAUCAAAUCCUGUGGCAACUAUGCCAUUAAAUAAUUGCGAUUCUGGAGUUUUCAAAUCCACAGCAUCAAGUCGCUAUACUACAGAAAACAACAAUGAUUCCUGGUGUACAGAGUCUGUACGUAGCUACCUUGAUGGUCCUGCAAACUCCCCUGGUGUUAAUAAUCAGAUUAAUGACAACAAUGCUAUUUGUGUGAUGCCGUCUGAGGAUUUCAGCAAGACAAGUGAUUGGCAAGAAUGGGCUGACCAAUUAAUUACUGAUGAUGAAGCAUUGCCUUCUGAUUGGGAUAACAUUCUUGUGGAUACUGGCGCAGGAGGUCCAGAACCACAGCAAGUGUCCAGUACACCUAUCAACUGCCCCGUGCAGCAGCCACAAGUACAUCAGCAGUACCAAGUAAAUCAACAGCUACCUGCUUCAUCUGGAGAGAUUUGCACUGUUACCACCCCAUCAUCCUCGGCUGGAGGCAGUUCCACCAAAUCACGUAUGCGUUGGACACCAGAACUGCAUGAAGCAUUUGUUGAGGCAGUCAAUAAGCUUGGUGGCAGUGAAAGAGCUACUCCCAAGGGUGUGCUGAAGCAAAUGAAAGUUGAAGGUUUGACCAUAUAUCAUGUGAAGAGCCAUUUGCAGAAAUAUCGAACUGCAAGAUAUAAACCAGAGUCAACGGAAGGAACUUCUGAGAGAAAAUUAACUCCUAUUGAAGAACUUUCAUCGCUGGACUUAAAAACGGGUAUUGAGAUCACAGAGGCAUUACGCUUGCAGAUGGAAGUUCAGAAACGGCUGCAUGAACAGCUUGAGAUUCAAAGAAAUUUACAGCUGCGAAUUGAAGAACAAGGAAAACAGCUGCAGAUGAUGUUUGAGAAGCAACAGAAGUCUGGACUUGGUAUGGUAAAGGCAUCAACAGUAAAUGUGGACAAACCUGAAGCAAUUCUGCAUUCUCCUGCCAAGAGUGAACCAGGGACCUUAAAUCCAGAGCAGCAGCUAGCAGUGGACAGCCUAGAUAAUGCAACCCCGGCAUCAGGUAGCAGUUCUGCUAAUAUAAAAGAAAAGCAGAAGGAACCGGAAAUUGAAAUCGCUAAAGAUGUUGCGCCAGCAUCUGGAAGCAGUUCUGCUAAUAUAAAAGAAAAGCAGAAGACACCGGAAAUUGAAAUUGCUAAAGAUACUACGUCAACUGUCAUUGACGAGUCAACUGAGCAACCAGCAAAGCGCCUGAAAGUAAAUGAAUAGCCAAAUAUCAUUCACAGCCUCUUAGACACAUGGAGUAUCAUCAUAUUUAUGUAGGACAGGCACCAGACAGGCAGACAGUAUGGAGGUUUGGAACUGUAUUGUCCUCGUAGUUGAGAACUUCAUGUCCAGGGGAUUGUGCCGUCUUCAAUUUGCUUGUUAAACUAAUUCUUAGGAGUGCUUAAAUUUUCAUGCUCCAUGAUCCGCGGACUUUGAGCUGGAAAUGGAUGAAAACAUUGACUUUGUUGGAAGACUUCACAUUCUUUUUCCCUCAGAGAUCUUCUCCGUGCAAGAUCUUGACCGAUAAAGGGGGGCUUUUCAAGUUCCAUGUAGUUUUUCAAUUGUCAAAUAAAAUGAUUCAAUCAUUUCACUAUUUAUAGAUUUAAAAAAAAAAACGCAUACAGCUACUGCAACACCUACUCUCUUUCAAGUGUUCUGUAAGUCACAUUGUUGACAACAUGAAUGUAUCCAUUGUGAUGUAAACACUGUAGUUCCUUGUUAGAAUUUGGAUGCUGAUUUGUAAGUCUGGUGAUAAAACAAAUAUUGCUUCUGACA